AUGUCUGAAGAAUUCCCCGAAAGCUUGAUCCAGACCGAACCGGUCAUUGAGGAACCACAGUCUUUUGACGCCCCACAGCACCAGACGGCCUACACGAUCGACUUGAACCACGACGAGCACGCGCCGGCGGCUCCGAUGGCGCCCCAGGCGUUCAAUCAGACGGAGGCGCACGAAAUCGAGGCCCGUAUUGCCCAGAUGGAGUCCGAGGCUGCAAAGUUGCGCGAGUACCAGGCGCAGUCGCAAGGCGCGGCGCCGCCACAGGCGCAUCCUCUCGCCCCCACUGGCGCUCCGUUCCUCACCCCAGAGCAGAAGGCAGAUAUCGAUUCCCGCUCGGUUCACGUGGGAAACGUAGACUACGGAACCACCCCGGAGGAGUUGCAGAACCACUUUAAGGGUGUGGGGACCAUCAACAGGGUCACUAUCUUGCUUGACAAGUUCACCGGCCACCCAAAGGGGUUCGCUUACAUUGAAUUCAGCGACGCCGAGUUGGUGCCGAGAGCAAUUGAGGCGUUGAAUGACUCUUUGUUCAGAGAGAGACAGUUGAAGGUGACCAUCAAGAGAACCAACUUACCGGGCUUGUCUGCGAGAGGCAGAGGCAGAGGCAGAGGGGGGCCGAUGAGAGGCAGGGGUAGAGGUAGAGGCGCGUUUAGAGGCAGAGGUAGAGGCAGAGGAGCCAGCUUUGCUCCGUACUAA